AUGCAGCACCACCGCCAGGACCACCAGGCCAUGGGCGACGAGCUGUGGGACCUGCUCGGGGAGGAGAUGGCGGCGGCGGGAGGCGAGCACGGCCUUCCCCCGGGGUUCCGGUUCCACCCCACCGACGAGGAGCUGGUCACCUUCUACCUGGCCGCCAAGGUGUUCAACGGCGCCUGCUGCGGCAUCGACAUCGCCGAGGUGGACCUCAACCGGUGCGAGCCGUGGGAGCUCCCCGACGCAGCGCGCAUGGGGGAGCGCGAGUGGUACUUCUUCAGCCUCCGCGACCGCAAGUACCCCACGGGCCUCCGCACCAACCGCGCCACCGGCGCCGGAUACUGGAAGGCCACCGGCAAGGACCGCGAGGUGCUCAACGCCGCCACCGGCGCGCUCCUCGGCAUGAAGAAGACGCUCGUCUUCUACAAGGGCCGCGCGCCGCGCGGCGAGAAGACCAAGUGGGUCCUCCACGAGUACCGUCUCGACGGCGACUUCGCCGCCGCUCGCCGCCCCUGCAAGGAGGAAUGGGUGAUCUGCAGGAUACUGCACAAGGCAGGCGACCAGUACAGCAAGCUGAUGAUGGUGAAGAGCCCCUACUACCUUCCCAUGGCAAUGGACCCCUCUAGCUUCUGCUUCCAGCAGGACCCCACUGCGCCUCCCCUCCCAAACCCUAGCGGCUGCAUCCCCUUCCACCACGGCCACCCCAGCAUGCAGCCGCCUCCAUUGCCGUUGCCGCCGAGCAACCAUGGCAAGGUCGUCUUCCCCGGAGCAGCGGCGGCCUGCAUGCAGCCAGAGCCGGCAAACGGCAGCAACAGCGCCGUGCUGCCCAUGCCGCCGCCGUUCCCUCCCUUCACCCCCAUCGUCGCCGGCAAGCCGGCCCUGGCGCCGCCGCCCCAGGUCGGGGUCAACGCCGGUCCACAGGAGCCACCGCCACCGCCACCUACCUGGCUGGAGGCCUACCUGCAGCACGGUGGUGGGUUCCUUUAUGAGAUGGGCCCAGCUGCAGCGCCCAGGGGCGCAUGA